GCCGUGGCAGUUUCCUCUGCAGUUUAACUGUUGCAGCUUCUGAGUUGGGUCCUAAAACUUCUAUAUAUAACCGCUCUCGCCCACGAGAAGAGAGGGGCACAGCCAUCUCUCGCAAAUCACAAUACACAUUCAUUGGUCAAGCUCGUGAUAAAUCAAAUUGGGAGAAGGGAAAAAAGGAAAAUGGUGUUCAAAUUCGCCACCUUCGAUCCCGCUCAAGAUCCCGAUGAUUUCAACCCGGCUUUUCCACCUACUCCAUCAUCAUCACCCUCAGCAACACUCUGCCAUUGCCAGCCAUGCCAAUACACCCGCGCUUUCACCAGAGACAUUGUCAGCUGCCUUGUUGCUGCUGGCGCUUCUCUUGUCUUUACAGCCCCAGCUGUUGAACUUGCCAGUCAUGAGAUUCGAGACCGAUCCGUAGAGACGCCAUUGCCUAGUAUCAGUUCUGAUGUCGGUCCAGAAUUUCACCAAAGACAGGUUAAAGAGUUCACUCUGGAGGAGUUGAAGGUGGCUACCGAUGAGUUUAACGAAGAAAACAUUAUAGGCAGAGGUGGAUUUGGCAAAGUCUACAAGGGUCGGUUAGCCGAUGGCUCUCUGGUGGCAUUCAAAAGAUGCAAGGAAGAACAAGCUGAAGGUAGUAUCCCACUGUUCGAAGCAGAGGUAAUAAUUGGUAGCAUCGUACCCCCACAUCAAAAUCUGCUUCCCAUGCUCGGAUUUUGCAGGACGUCAAAAGGCAGUGACUUAUGGCUCGUCUACCCCUUGAUGAUCAAUAGAGAUGCGGCAUUGCGCUUGAGAGAGCGACCAGCUACACAAACCUCGCUGGACUGGCCUACCCGCAUAAAAAUAGCAGUGGGAGCUGCGAGAGGGCUGUCCCAUCUGCAUGAUCUGAACAUAGUGCACCGAGAUAUCAAAGCUGCAAACAUUAUGUUGGAUGAGGAAUUUGAGCGUCACAUUGGAGACUUUGGGUUGGCCUUGUCGGUCGAUCUCAGGCACGGCGGAUACUCUGUGGAUGGCAUCGAGGAGGCACCCGUAAUUCCGAGGAACGAAUCCAAAGCAGGAUCCGACAGUGAAUUUUCUCAUGUCACGACAGCGAUACGUGGCACAAUGGGACAUAUUGCGCCGGAAUAUUUCAGCACCGGGAAAUGCACGGUGAAGAACGAUGUCUUUGCUUUUGGGGUAAUGCUUCUGGAACUCUUGACCGGACAAAGAGCUUUUGAUCUCGAAAGGCUUGCAAAUGACGUAGAUAAGCUCUUACUCGACUGGGUAAGAGAGCUUCUGGUAUACAGUUGGUGGGAAAUUCUAGUCGAUCCCUAUCUGCAGGGUGCAUAUGACGAGGAGGAGAUGGAGAAAUUUAUCAAGCUGGCUCUUUUGUGCACACAAUUAGUCCCAAGAGAACGACCAUCCAUGGCACAGGUAGUCCGAACGCUCGAAGGCCAUGGCAUUAACAUCGAGGAGAGAUGGGAGGAGUAUGAUCGGAGGUUUUGGGAGGAGCAUUGGGGUGAGUUGAGGUCUCCGGAUUUGAUGGUGGCGGACUCCACUUCGCAUAUGAGAGCUGAAGAAUUAUCUGGACCCAGAUAAUCUAUAUUGUUGAGGUAAUGACCCGACCCCAUCCUAAUUAGAGCAAGCUCUCAAAAUUAAGUGUUCUGAGUGGUCAUGGCGAAGAUUAACUCAUGUAC